UUUACAGCAUCUCCUAAUCCAUAUUUACUUCUUUAAAAAUGCCAAGAUCCUUUGAAAAACCCUUGUAAGUGAUUGACCUUGCCCACGGUCAACGGCGAGCCGUGUUGCCAGACGCCCCAGUUGGCAGGCUCCCCAAGCUCCAACAGGUUGGCAGCGCCCCCUCGGCUGUUAUCGUUGACUGUCCAUCCCCAGCUGUGUUUUGAUUUGCGCUUCUUUCCCGAGAAAACGCUUUUUUUCAAAUUCCACCCCCAAACUUUUGAAAAUCUCCGAAUAAAAUCAUGUGCGAUAAGGUGACGGCUAGAUGCAAUUGGCCCCAGACGGCGGGUAACGAGCUGUCCCAACUGGUGGCCACACGAAUAUCCGACGACGAUGUCUUUAUGAAGCCGGAACUGGACGAUGUGAUCAACGAGGAGCGUGCCGUGCUAUUUGCGAGCUCGGAGUGUCCCCCGCCGCCCUGCGAGCUGAGGUUCCAGAUAGCAACCCGCUACAAAAUUGCCGCUCUGACGCUGGUCUGCAGUGCCCCCAAGGUGGAGCUGUUCCUUGGGCCCUCGCAGGAGUACUUUGAAACCAUUUACGGAAUCUGCGUGGAGGAGGACGAUGCGGAGGUGCCUGUGCGUCCCUAUCGCUACGAUAUGGAGAUCGACCGUUCGGGAAUCAAUGACAUAAAUCUCAAAUUGCUGACCUCCGCCAACGAGAUCUGCGUUUACGGCUCUAUGCUGCAUGUGGCUCCAAAUCCGAAUGGCAUCACCACCCAGCUGCCGAGGCCAGUGGAUCUGCUGCGGAUCCAGGAGCUACUGCAAAAGGGAGGCAGCCAGUCCAAGGACGAGGAGCACGCCGACAAGUUGCAGCAUUUCAUGUCACUUAUUAAAGGUGGUUCUCCGCAGGCGGAGGCUACUGCUACUCCUCCUCCAACGCCCGCUGCUCUCUCUGCUGAUAUGUCAACCCUCAAGGAGCUCAUAGACAAGAGGUUCCUCCAGCUAAACCAGUUGGUGACCAAGCGCAUGGAUGACUUUGAGGCCAAGCAGGCAGAGAAGCUGGACAAAAUCAUUGCCCUGCUGGAAAAGAAGCAAUCGUAAUAAUAAUUUUACCAUUCAUUCAUACGUGUAUUUGUUCGUGAAAAUCAUAAAUCAUUGUAUUUUGUAAUUUUGUAAACAAAAAAAGACUGUUUUGUUGGUGCAUAAAUUUCGAAUGUGAUUAAAAUUAAGAAGCUAAA